AUGAAUGAACAGGAGCGGGCGCGGCCCCGCACCCCACACCCCCCGCACUCCCCGCGGGGCCGCCGCUCGUGGGGCGCGCCCGGGACCCCCCAAAACCGCCCCGCCAUGGCGGGCACCCUCCCGGCCCUCACCCUCCUCCUCCUCACCGCCCUCAGCCCCCUGGCCGCCGAGGAAGUGGUGCUGCUGGACUUCGCCAAGGCACACGGGGAGCUGGGCUGGCUCACCCAUCCCUACGGAAAAGGGUGGGACCAGCUGCAGAACGUGCUCAAUGACUCCCUGAUCUACAUCUACUCCGUGUGCAACGUCCUGGAGGGCGAGCAGGAGAACUGGCUCCGCACCAACUGGAUCUACCGCGGCGUGGCCCAGCGCAUCUUCAUCGAGCUGCAGUUCACCGUGCGCGACUGCAACAGCUUCCCCACGGCCGGCGGCGGCUCCUGCAAGGAGACCUUCAACCUCUACUACGCCGAGUCCGACGUGGAUUACGGCACCAACUUCCAGAAGCGGCAGUUCAGGAAGAUCGACACCAUCGCUCCGGACGAGAUCACCGUGCAGGAGGAUUUUGCCGCCCGCAAUGUGAAGCUGAACGUGGAGGUGCGGUCGGUGGGGCCGCUCCGCAGGAAAGGUUUCUACCUGGCCUUCCAGGACCUGGGCGCCUGCGUGGCGCUGCUCUCCGUGCGCGUCUACUACAAGCGGUGCCCGGCCGUGGUGCGGGGCAUGGCGCGCUUCCCGGAGACCGUGGCCGGCGCCGACUCGCAGACCUUGGCCGAGGUGCGGGGCUCGUGCGUGGCCGAGGCGGUGGCCGAGCAGGCGCCGGCCCUGCACUGCAACGCCGACGGCGAGUGGCUCGUGCCCAUCGGGGAGUGCCUGUGCCGGGCCGGCUUCCAGAGCCUGGGAGACACCUGCCAAGCUUGUCCCCCUGGCACCUUCAAGGCCACAGUGUCCUCAGAGAGCUGCCAGCCCUGUCCCGCCCACACCCUGCCCGCCCCGGCCGCCGCUGCCGCCUGCCCGUGCGAGGAUGGAUUUUUCCGGGCCCCUGAGGACCCCCCGGAGCAUCCCUGCACCCGUCCCCCCUCGCCCCCCCAGGCUGUCACAGCCCUGGGGUUGGGGGCUGCGGUGCAGCUGCGCUGGGCCCCCCCCGCCGACCCCGGUGGCCGCGAGGACGUCACCUACAGCGUCACCUGCGAGCAGUGCUGGCCCGAGAGCGGCGAGUGCCGGCCCUGCGACGGGGGGGUCCGGUUCUCACAGCCUCCCCAGGGCCUCACGGGGACAGAGGUCACUGUCACCGACCUGGAGCCACAUGUCAACUACACCUUCACCGUGGAGGCCCGCAACGGGGUGUCCCCCUCCAGCCACCAGCGCAGCGUGGCCAGCGCCACCAUCAGCGUCAACCAGACGGAGCCCCCCCGGGUGACAUCGGUGAGCCUGGAUGGACGGACGGCCACCAGCCUGGUCUUGUCCUGGACGGUGCCACUGCGGCAGCAGAGUCGGGUCUGGAAGUACGAGGUCACCUACAGCAAGAAGGUGGAUGAGAACAGCUACUCAGUGCUGCGCUGCGAGGGCACCUCUGUCACCCUGCCCAAACUGUCCCCAGGCACCGCCUACGUGGUUCGGGUCCAGGCUCUCACCGCCGACGGCCACGGGGCCUUCAGCCCCCAGCAUGAGUUCGAGACCCUGCCCGAGGGUUCCGAGGCCAUGGCAUCGACCACCGUCAUCGCUGGCAGCAUUGCCGGCGUCAUCUUCGUUGUUGUCCUCUUGACCAUUCUCCUCUACAUCCUCCGGCGGAGGAGGAGGUCACGGCCACGCCAAUCUGCUGAGGAUGUCUACUUCUCCAAGUCAGACCAGCUGAAGCCCCUCAAGACCUACGUUGACCCCCACACUUAUGAAGACCCCAACCAAGCCAUGCUCAAGUUCACCACUGAGAUCCCUCCAUCCUUCAUCACCCGCCAGAAGGUCAUCGGCGCAGGUGAAUUUGGGGAGGUGUACAAGGGCACCCUGAAGCGUGGUCGGAAGGAGGUGCCAGUGGCCAUCAAGACGUUGAAGGUGGGGUACACGGAGAAGCAGCGCGUGGACUUCCUGAGCGAGGCCACCAUCAUGGGACAGUUCUGUCACCACAACAUCAUCCGCCUUGAGGGCGUCGUCUCCAAGUACAAGCCCUUCAUGAUCAUCACAGAGUACAUGGAAAAUGGGGCGCUGGAUAAAUUCCUGAGGGAAAAAGAGGGCGAAUUUGGCGUCAUCCAGCUGGUGGGGAUGUUGAGGGGGAUCGCCGCUGGCAUGAAGUACUUGGCCAACAUGAAUUACGUCCAUCGGGACCUGGCUGCCAGGAACAUCCUGGUGAACAGCAACCUGGUGUGCAAAGUGUCCGAUUUUGGGCUCUCGAGGGUGCUGGAAGACGACCCUGAAGCCACCUACACCACCAGCGGCGGGAAGAUCCCGAUCCGUUGGACAGCACCCGAAGCCAUCUCCUACCGCAAGUUCACCUCUGCCAGCGACGUCUGGAGCUACGGCAUCGUCAUGUGGGAAGUGAUGUCCUACGGCGAGCGGCCCUACUGGGAGCUCUCCAACCACGAGGUGAUGAAGGCCAUCAACGAGGGCUUCCGCCUCCCGGCGCCGCUGGACUGUCCCUCGGCCAUCUACCAGCUGAUGAUGCAGUGCUGGCAGCAGGAGCGCUGCCGGCGCCCCAAAUUCACCGACAUCGUCAGCAUCCUCGACAAGCUCAUCCGCGCCCCCGAGUCCCUCAAGGCACUGGCAGAUUUCGACCCUCGGGUGUCCAUCCGGCUGCCCAGCACCAGCGGCUCCGAGGGCGUCCCGUUCCGCUCGGUCCCGGAGUGGCUGGAGUCCAUCCGCAUGCCCCAGUACACCGAGACCUUCAUGGCCUCGGGCUACAGCACCAUCGAGAAGGUCCUGCAGAUGACCAGCGAGGACAUCAAGCGGAUCGGGGUGCGGCUGCCGGGCCACCAGAAGCGCAUCGCCUACAGCCUGCUGGGGCUGCAGGAGCAGGCGGGGGCUGGGGGGGCCCCGGGCUGACCCCAAACCCCCCGAACUCCACGUCAACCCCCCCUCCUCCCCGAGGGGUUUAUUUAUUAUUUCUGUAAUUAUUAAGGGUUUUUUUAUAGUGUUGUUGAUAUUGUCCCCGCGCCUGGGGAUGAAACGGGUGCUGUCCCUUCCCUCCCCCCUAAAAAAAUGGAAUUUCAAACUUGUUUGGAACUGGGGGAGGGAUUUUUCUUCUUAUUUUUCCCCCACAUUUCAAGAAAAAAAGGGCUCAGUCCCAAAACUGAUUUAUUUUUGCUUUUUUUCUCCCUAUUUAUUCCUCUCCCACCAGGUUUUUGGGUGGUUUUUUUUGCCCUUUAAUGCUGAUCUGCCAGUGUUGCCUUGUAUUUUUUAACCUAAUUUAUUCUAUUUUUGUAUAUUUAUUGCGAGAGAUUAAAGGUCAUGUCAAGUUUGGGAGAGAAAAAAAGGGGGAAAUAAAAAAACCCAGCUCAGAUGUUUUUUUCCCCCUUUUUUUCAUGGGUUUAUGGGGAUUUUUGUGGG